AUGCAGCAGAAGCGUGCCUGUGCCCACAUGGACGGCACCCUCGUUGAGGCCGAAGAAGCAGACGCGUGCAGCCCCACAACGGUGGCUGUGCCUAGCGUCGCUUCUAUAGCCCAGAACCUCACACCCUUUCCACAUCGGGAAGCCUCCUGUAGUACUGUAUCUACUGCACCGAUAGCAUCGGUUCGGAUCGAUCCACACGACCACAGCGACGGCUCAGACGACGACAUGGACGAAAGCAUAGAAGAAUGCGAACAGCAGGUUCGUCGAGAAGCAGACUGCAUUCGUGUGUGCGCUGCUCCCCUGUGCUAUCCCCACCUGGAUCUUAUUGAUUCAUUUUUGUGCGGAUGUUGA